AUCCAUUCAAAGAAUUAAAGAACGAAGAUUAAAGUUGUGCAAUAUAUAUUGGAAUAUAACAAAGUAUUACACAAUACAUAAUUUUUUUAAACUGAUGAUGGUCGUGUUCUCAUUUCUCAUAUUCAAUUAUUAUGGAUUGGAAUAAAAAUGAAUGAAUAGAAAAGACACGACAGACGAAGUUAGAAGAAGUGACUUUAGAAGAAAACUUAUUUUUUAUUUUGUUAAUUCAUGUGUUAAUCAACAUUAAACCGUUAUAUUUAAAUUGUUAAGCUCCACACAAGCGGGAGAAGAAAUAACAAAAUUUUUGAGGAAAUUUAAUAAUAGUCGUCGAUCAAAAAUGAAUGUGCUCUAUGUGAAGAAAAUUGUGAUUUGCUUUUAUGUUUUAUUCGUGCAAUUUUGUUGCUCAACUCCGUAUAAAAAUUAUAGCAAUAAUAACAAAAAUAAUAAUAAUGGAAACGAUAUUGCCGUUGCUGUGCAGAACAAGAAUACUGAAUCAUCGAAAAUGGGAUGUCUUCACAAUAAUACAAUGUUUGCUGAUACAUCGAUUAUACCGACUACUGAGCCAUGUCUAGUUUGUAAAUGUUCAAAGCGCAAUUUAGUCUGUGUACGACGUGUGUGCAAAGAUCAGCCCUAUCCACCGCCGCGAGGUUGCAUACUCGUACAAAAAGCAUCCUCAUGCUGUCCAUACCUCUCAUGCUCAAAAUAUCAUGUCAAUUAUUAUAAGAACUCUGAGAGAAAUCAUGAUGAGAACAUAAACAAUCAUUAUCAACAGAUCACGCAUGAGAAAACAUUGGAGAAAAAUUCUCGAGCAGAUGAUGUGGAAGAGAUGAAUGGAGGCUGCAUUGAAAGUGGAAGUCUUUACGCAUCAGGUUCUGCAAUGUAUCGGUCUUCGUCAAGUUACUGCCAAUAUUGUUACUGCAUUAAUGGUCAACAAAAAUGUGUGAAGCCUAAAUGUAUAUUAAAGGAUACGAGAUGUAAACCAAUUUACUCGAAAGCAUCAUGCUGUCCGAUAAAAUAUGAUUGUAACAACAAUUCUACAGCCGUAAUAAGCAAUAUCAGACAAGGAAGUGAUAACAAAAUAGCAAAUGUCCAUAGAAGAAAUCGAAGUAACGGAUGCAUGGAGAAUGAUAGAUAUUAUGAGGAAGGAGAGAAACUUCCAAUCGAUGAAACACGACCAUGUGAAGUAUGUUAUUGCAUUAAAGGAGCACGAAAAUGUACGGUGAAUAAAUGUGCACCGGUUAUUCGAGGUUGUAUUCCAAAGCUACACACGGAAGGUUCGUGCUGUCCAACAAGCUACGAUUGUCGUCGAUCGAUAAAAUUUAAAAGAGAAUCACGACAGAAUGAGGAUGAAGAAGAAGAGGACAACGACUCAAUUGAUUUCUUCUCACUUCUUUUUGGCUCCGAUGAUCCAAAAGAGAAUGAAGAAGUCACGGAAAUUCCAGUCCCAACUUUGCCCCCUUUCAAAUCAUUACCGACAUCGGCAACGACCGAAAGCAGUUUCUUUGAUCUCAUUAGGGCUGGUUUAGAAAUUAUUGAUGCUAAUGCUGAUAAAAUUGACACUAAAUUAAAUAAUAUUAUAUCAACAACUCAGACAAUACCAACGACAUCCGAAGCACCCAGAACUACUCUCGAGAGUACAGACAAAAAAAUUCAAUUUAAUUAUUCAACAAAGAUUGUCUCAACAACAUCUUUACCAUCAACAAAAACUGUAAACGACAUAAAAUCAACAGAGAAAAAAACUUUCGAUGCAAGUACAGAAGCGAGUAAAAUCAGAACUUCAAUGACUUCUAAUGUAAAUGAAACGAAAAAGCUUGAAACAAUAACAGAUACUGUUGAAACUUUGCCAUUAACAUCAACAACUUUAUCAAUAAAAUCUACAUCUGAUGCUGUAGUAAGUUCAACGAAAAUGAGCAUAGUUGAGAAAACAACAUCUUCACCGACUAUAAUAAAGUCAUCAACUAAAGCGUCAGCAAUUAAAGUGACCACAGCUCGUACAACAAAAGCACCAAAAGUUACAUCAACUACGACAAAAAUAAUUGCAACCGCAUCACCUGUGAAAAUCAAUUUACCGACGACGAUAUCAUCAACUGUAGUAAGUUCAAAGCGAGUAACCACAAAAACAGUACCGCCAACAACAAAACCGCCUGCAACUAUGAGAACGACGACACCCAAGAAAUAUAUUGUGCCAUCAUCACUCGAGCAUCAACUUUUGCCAGUUUUGUAUACUGCGGACGUACCUUCCGAUUCGAAACUAAUUGUAAAUGAUGAAAAUGAGGCAGAUGCAUUGCCAAAUUUAGAAAUUAUACCAUUUGUUGCUCAUGAUGCCAUUAAAACAGAUAAGUAUGAGCUGCCGUAUCGUCAAUCAUCGUAUGACAACCUAGAAAAGGAUUAUUUUGCAAAUGAUAAGGAGAAGCCAUUCCGAUACAAUAAUAAAUUCAUUCAUCAUAAUUACGAUGAAACGUUCGAUUACGUCAACCCAAAUGAAAGAAUUGAUACCGGUCCAUUUUACUACGAGAAUAAUGAGAGUCAAUUUGAUUCAUUCUCGCCACCCAACGAGCAAGACUUUUUGGGAGGAUUCAGUCCGAAAGAUAGCAUUUAUGAUGAAGUGUCCACAAGUGCCAAAUAUGAAACGCCACUAAAGCAUAAUGAUUACAUUCAAAAGCCACUUGACACUUCAACAAUUCAUGAGCAUAAAUCAUAUUUGACUUCAACCGAGAAAACACCAACUUUGGCAAUAAAUCAAACGAAUGAUACGAGAGAAAAUCAACAAAAGGAGAAACAUAAAACAACAAUAUCCGGUUUCAAAAAGAUAUCAUCGAAUCUCACAAGCUUCAUAGAUGAUUUGUUGCAUGCGAAUGCGUUAGAAGAAACGAAAAUGCCACUCAUCACAACGACAACGGCAUCGGCAACUCAUUCAUCAUCAACAAGUGCUCCUAUCAAAUCGAUAAUCAACGAUGACGAUUUCAUUAUUAAACAUUUAAAAGUGUCAUCAACAAGUUCAACGACAACAAUGAAAAAUGCUCCGAGCAUGAUGGAAAUAUUUUCGAAACCAACAAAUCCGACAAUGAAUGGUUUAUUAAAGCUUGCCGGAUGUAAUAUAUAUGGACAGAUGUAUGAUGUGGGUCAUGUCAUAGAUGAACUAUCAAAUGAGUGUUUAGAAUGUAAAUGUUUACCUGACAUUGGUGUGGGCUGUGUGCCGCUUAAAUGCUAAAAUUUCACUCGACAAUCGAUAUUUUUUUUCGUUUCGUCUUUCCGGUUGGAUUUGUUCGGUUAGAAUGUCAAUUGUAAGGCUUUUGUCCAAAUUUUGAUGGUUUUUCUGCUGAGAUAAGCUAUGAAUUGAAGGAUAUUAAAAGCAGCGUUAAUUCUCCAAAAACAGCAUAGAAAAUAAAUCUCUGACAAUUGCUCUGCUAGACAUUAUAACUGAACGACCCCAGCUCCAUAGAUUCCAUUUAUUUUGUCGAGUAUUCUUAAUCAUAUUUUUAUAAUUUUUCAUAUUUAAGGAAUGAAUGGAAAUACUCAAGAAUUUUUUUUAUUGUACUUUGUAAUGAAAUCUUUUAGACUGUCACUUUUAAUGUUUAAGGAUCUUUGAAAAACAAAAUAUGUUUGUAUUUACUUUAUAGCUAUGAAAAAUCAAUCUGAACUAAAUGAAUGUUGAGUGUCAGAAAUCUCGACUUUUUUAUGUGACACAUAACAUGAACAAAUAAAUUAGAAGUGAAAAACAUUCUGUUCACAUGAAAAUAAAAUUUAUCCUUGAGCUUGUUUCAUUCACCUUCUCAGCAUGUGAUGGCUUCAGUAGUAAAC